AUGCAGGCAGAUGAAUGCAUACUGUUCUUUGCCAUUCUGGCCCCUCCUACAUUCUCCCCUGCAUCUGCAAGCCAACCGCCUGAGCCCGCCAUACACCUUAUCAAGAUGAGCAAUCUGUCACCCAUGCCACUGACCGAUCAGAUAGCAGGAGUCUUGGAGCUCAUGUUCCGCCGAAAGCUCCAUCUGGCCACUCAUGCAGCCCAUUCUGCGCCAUCUAUAGAAGUGCCUCCGUCCAUGCCAUCCGCCCUCCUAUUGGAGUGCAAUGGCAUUGCAGAUGCUCUUGUGAAGGCCAUCCGUAAUCCUGUAAGGCUGCAGUGGGACAUUGAUAGAUAUUGCGACAGCCUUUCGAUUCAGCCCACGGGGCAGAAUGAAGUCCUCGAGGCAGAACUGGAACGGAAGUGGCCUCCUCCAUUUGGUGAGAGCGAAAUACGCAUAGACCAGCCCGCCACCCUCGUGGACAUGCACGGACGCAUCUUGGCUUGGAUACUUCCAAGAGUGUUGAUACCAGACUGCCAGACGAAGAUGCUCCAAGCGACCAGGGCCCUACACCCAGCAAUAGCAGCCAGUAAGCCUUCCAGCACCACCGCCAGUUGGCGACACAACCCGUUGUACUUCUUGCCUCCUGAGGAGUGUACCCAAUUCCCAGCGGGCUCCUUGUGUCUCUCGCCAGGUUGGUUCCAACAAGUAAGAGAGCAUAUGGAGUCUGGGAGGCUGGAGACCUCCGCCAGCCUGAAGCUUGAGGGCGGAAGAAGUUGGCUGCAUGAUAUUCAUGACUCCUCCGCAUUGCUGGGCGCCAUCCUGGCCGUCGUUCACCCAACACUAUAUGCCGCAGGACGCCAGUGCUUGGGUUUGAUCCAGCAAGACUCAGAAUUGCGAGAGAUGGCGCUGAACUGA